CUUAGAUUUGGGGAGUGAGGGUUCAAGGGCGUCCAGGUCGUUUGGAUACCUGGGCAGGGUCGUCUGUUGGUCAGCUGGUCGUUCACACCCUGCCAUCAAGGACUGUGAAGUGUUGUGUUGUGCCCUGAUGCUGGUGAGAGACGUGAAGGACUAGCAGUGUUUGUCUGGGGUGUGUGAUGGCAAGGGAGUGUGUAUCUGGUGUGUGGUGACUGAGGCAAGGCUGGUGGUGACGCUCAGUGGUGUUAAUGAUUCUUGAGGGAUGUGAAGGGACUGGCAGUGUUCGUGUGAGGUGCGGGAUGACAAAGGGGUGUAUCUGGUGUGUGGUGACUGAGGGAAUGCUGGUGGUGAUGCUAAGUGGUGCUCACAGGACAGACUCACACGCACGCCUCGUUAAAGCACAAGGUCGUACUGCGGCUUAUGGAAGGUUGAAGGCCUCAUCCUGAUUGGCUCCUUAGAAAAAGAAGGAAUAUGUAGGUGAAAAAAUGCAUUACGAGUGGCGAGUGCUGUGUUGCAUGGUGGUGUGUGACGCGGCGUGGCUUUGGUGCUCGUGAUGGACAGCCCAGUAAAGUGUCAGUGUUUAUGAUGGUGACCUUAGAUGGUGUUGAGUCGUGAAAGCAGCACCAUCAUUCCCCAAACAGACCACAAACAGACCUUCCCAGCGGCGGUGGGGAAAACAUAAUAACUCACAAGCACAACCAAAUCCCUGAGACCAUGUAGAGUGGCUGAACUAACUGCCUUCCGCUCCGCCAGUUCAGCUCACACCUGGGCCGGACACGUACCCAAAGAGGAAGCAAGUCAGGAUCCUCAUGAGUGGUGUGGCGCCCCGCGGAAGUCUGCUAUUAUUAGGGCGCUUUAUGAGGGUGACGUGCCCGCGCAUCCCGGGUCAUGCCCUCCUUCAUAGAUGCAUCCGUUGACCCUCCUGCCCCCUGGAGUACCUUGGAUGCCUGUGAAGAUGCGUGUGACUCUCCUGCAGCUGCUCAGAGACUCCUUAACUCGCCGCUGUGGUUCAAGGAUCGCUUUCUCAAACGUUCCAGCGCCUUGCCUCCACCUUCAGCAGCUCGAAGUGGAAGUUAUCAUGGAAUGACCGAGAAAACUAGAAUGGUGUGAUUUUUACCAGAAAGCUCAAAUCUCUGUCUGCGUUUCGCCCGCGAGGACGUUUACUGGCGGGCGGCCCCUGAACCCUGACCGAUAGGACCCAGUGGACCCCCGCGAGCCCUUAGGCGAAGCAGGGCGGGGCCUCCGGACGCAGCCAGUGUGAGGGAACUUGAAAGACGAGCCUGGAAGUUGUAGCGAGGCCAGAGGGGAGGCAGGAGGCAUGACGGGAGGCGGCGUGAGGCGGCGCAAAGCAAGGCUGGGCCGCUGCUGAGUAAUUCUGCCUCUCCAUCUUGCUGCCUCAGCGGGAAACACCGUAAACAUUGUGAAAAAAAAUAGUGUUGAACAAAUGAAAUGCAGAAACGAAAAUAUAUAAAUGCUAAUGAACAAAAAAUAUACCAAAGAAAACAUAAAAAUAAUAAAAGAACAUAAUCUCGAAUGAACAACACGGAUCAUGAAUUAGAGAGACGCAAUAAAGGCCAGAAUGCACGCGAAACAAAAACACUGAGUGAGAAGACCGACCACACGGGAGAAAGGAAAAGAAAUCGGCGGGGACCUUGGCAGCCCACGGCCACUGCAGCACCGGCAGGAUGAGGCUGGAGGCCCGGAGGAUGCUGGCCAAUCUGCUGGACCGCAAGGGGAAGAACCGCGGCGCCGGCAGGAGGGCGGGGGAGGGCGGGCCCAGCGCGGGACGCCUCAGCCGCAGCGAACCAGCCAUCCACGCCCUUGGCCCUGACCUGACGCGCCGCCCCCUCAACAAUGCCAUCGUCACCAGAGGAGUCACAAGCGGCGUAGGAAAUGACCCACCGCCAUCCCCACCUGCUUCCCGCCCGCCACCCCUGCCCACCCACCCGCCGCCGCCCGUACCGCCCCAUGCCCAGCCCCUGCCCCAAGCCCCGAUGCAGCCGCUGCCGCCUCUGCCCAAUCAGCAGCAGGAGGAACAUCGGUACCAGCGGGAGGAGCAUCGGUAUCAACAGGAGGCCACCCAGCAGGCACCCGGCACCUGCAUCCUGCCGAGACGCAGCCUGGGUAAGGAGGACGUCAAUGUUCGCUACAGGUCUCCCUCCAAUCCUCCCCCAGCCUCCCGCCAGCCUCCGCCUUACUCCAGACACCAGCCUCCAGACCCACAGAGGCGGCUUCGUGGGCCUUAUCAGCCUCCACCGCCACCCAAAGGUGACCUGAGGGACCCUAGAGAGCGUGAGAGCAGGCCUCGAGAAGUGCGGGCCUCCGUCAAUCUAGACGAGCUGCAGGACUGCCGGAGUCGUCGGGAUCACUGGGCCGAGGGAGACCUGCGCGGAGGUGCAGACACACGCGACGGCCAGAAGAACGGCAACUUCCGCGAGGUGCGAGACAUCUGGGAGAAGCGUAACUCAUCCCUCAUCCCUCAGGACCAGGGCAAGGAAGACAACCUGAGGUCCACAUCGCUCCCGCGGCCUAAGCAAGACCCGUGGAUGCCGGCCAACAACAGGUGGUCAACUCGCGAACCUGACUCUGGUUUCGAUUCUCUCAAUCUCCAAGCCGCAGACGAUGGUCAGCGAUGCACGGAGGCGGGCCAGAGCCACAGCCGCGCCCCGAUGGUGCUGGCGACCGAUGCUCACUACUCUCAGUCCACCGAAGACCUGCUCAAUGCGUCACGCACCUCCCCGAUGUCCCUCUCCUCGGCUACAGCCUCCAUGUCCUCCACGUCGUCCUCACCCGUGCAGUACCCCACCAUCAGGCCCGCCAAGCAGCCCUGCAUCACCGGCGCCUCUCACACUUCACCUUUUUCGCACACUUCGCCCCGCAGCUCACCCCACCCACCGGGCGGGUCGCCACGUGGCGUGGGGCCGCCUCAUCACCAUUCAACACCUGUUGGGCCGCAGCGCACCGCAUCCCCCGAAGGGGCGCUGCUAUCCGACAGUGUGUACCCGCAGCACGACACGCAGCCCCGCUACGCUGAGAUCCAGGAGAAGAGCGAGCCGAGAGGCAAGGAGGAGAGGAUGAACCACCGGCUGUCUCGUGACCUGCGAGACGUUAGAGACGUGCGAGAAAUGGGAGGCAACAGAGAGAGCAGAGAAACCGCCAGGACGGGAAGAGAUAUGAGAGAACCGCGCGACAACAGGAGCAGCCGCGAACUCAGACAGAAUAAAGACAUGAAGUCAAGAGAGUUUCGGGAGACAAGUCUGCCUCGCGACUUCAGAGAGACACGAGAGGAAAGACUCAGUCGAGACGCGGCCACGAGAGGCUACAGGGAACUGCCAGUCGAUGUUGACGAGCGAGACCAAGUGGAACUCCGCCAGGAUCGCCUGCGCGGGCCGCGAGAGGGGCGAGCUUAUGGCGAGGGAAGUAAGGAAGUGAGGUUCAGCAACGACACGAGCGAGAACCUGCGAGUGCGCGACGGCUCGGCGUAUGACCGCCGAGACAGGGACGCAGACGGCGCCGACGGCCUGCAGGUGAACGAUGAGCGCCGACUGUCCGGCCACCAGCGGGACCACCGGGGCCAGCGGGGCGACGGCUGCACCUCCUCCUCUGUGUCCUGGAUGGAGUGGACACAACAACUGCAGGCAUACGUGGCGUGGGUGAACUCCCAGCUGAGGAAGAGAGGCCGACCACUUAUUUCUGACCUGCGCCGCGACCUUCAGAGCGGUGUGGUCUUCGCCGACCUGAUCGAAAUAAUCUCUGGGGAGCGUGUUGCCGGCAUCCAGCGGGAGGGGGAGCGGGAGGCCAUCACGCCCCAGGCCAUGAGGGAGAACCUAGACCGCAUCCUGCAGUUCAUGGCGGCCAAGAGAAUCCGCAUGACACACAUCACCAGCAAGGAGGUGGCGGAGGGCAACCUGAAGAGCAUCAUGCGGGUAAUCCUGGCGCUCGCCGCUCACUACAAGCCGCAGAGCGUGAAGGCCGCCUCGCCCCACCAGCAGGAGGUGCCGCCCGCCGCCCUGGUCUGCGCCCCCGUCAAGCUCCCCCCCACACACGAUGUGAGCGUGGGUCCUGACGGUCCUCCCGGUGGCCCCGAGAACACCCCCAAUCUGAGCGCCAACAGGAGAGCCAUCGUGACGGGCAACAGCGGCGACGACUCAGGGAGCGUGCCAGGUCUCAGGCGGCACCCCAGCAUGACGGCCACCCCUGGCGCCCCCAGGGACUCCUCGCCGGUGUAUGAGAACUUACCGAGACGCGUGGCGCCCUCCCGCUGGGCCUACGACUCCCUCAGAGCCUCGCACAAAUUUCAAUGGUCGGGACCGCCGUCUCGCCGCCCCGGAGCAGGCUCGGGGUCCAACAGACCCUGCUUGGACGAGUCUUCCGAUGACCCACUCAACACCUCGCUCAACACCUCCCUCACCAUCUCCCUCAACACCUCCAUAGAAGGCGAAGUGGAACCCUCCUCACCUGGCCAUGACUCCUCGGGUGGGCGCGGCAGUGGUCGUCCCGCAGCACUGAAUUUUUGGCAAGAGAUGACCAACCGUCACGAGCCAGGCGCCGCCCAGCCCAAGUCUCAGCCCUCCACCCCCGCCAAGGCUCCCCCGGAGGACGCUGAUAACCCCUUCAGGUACCACACUAUACAUCGUAUGAGCGGGAGACGCAAGUUGCCACAGAUUCCGGGGGCGCCGGGCCCUGGCAGCAGAGUAAGCUCAGCACAGGAAUCCCCCGAGAGCCCCAGGGAGACAACGGACUCACCGAACGACCGCAGUGAAGGAAAACCCGGCAGUGGAUUGGGAGAGGACGGGUCGCGGGAACCUGAGGGCCGCAGCCAGAACUCUUCUCCGGCCACCAGCCUGGUGCGCGGCCACACGCUGGAGCAGUGGCCCAGAGAGAAGCCUCAGAUGGACAACUGGGACGCCGAGGACCUGAAGAGCGUGCUGCGGGACUUGAACAACACCCGCGAUCAGCUCCUGGCGCUGCAGCACCUGGAACUAGACCCAGCUUCCAGGGGCAGCCACGGACCACGCUCGUCAGAACUCCUGGAAGCUUCCACAGCCUCGGUCAAGCAAGAGCUGUUGCACCUUUCCCUCGCCCGCCAAGCCCUCGAGGCGGAAAAGGUGGAGCUGACGCGGCUGCUGGAGCAGAGGGAGGGUGUCAUCACGGAGCUCCGGAAGCAGAUGCACCAGCGGGACAAGGCCAUACACACCCAGCGGGCUCAGUUCGAGGACGCCCUUAGGAAUGUCCAGAACGGCAAGCGUGUCGGGAUGUGUGGCGACAGUCCCUCAGGCCGCGGUGGUCCCCGCGAGGAGCUGCACCUGGUGAGGGACGCCAUCGCCUCUCUCAGGAGCAACUUCAGGCCGCCAGCACGCGCCGCUGGCCCGACGGUGUCCCUCACUGGAUACCCGCGUGUCCACAGAGAGACGGAUCCCAACCAGCACACCCUGGACACACUGGAGCAGGCCAUCUCCAUCCUUAUCGAGCGCAGCAGCACCGGCACCAGUGUAGGGGGAGGCGGGGGAGGCAGCAGCACCGACAAAAAUUCCCGGGGCAGCGACCAGCGCCAUCAGAUGAAUGGUGUGCAGGAGGCGUCGACCAAGGUGAUUUACUUCACGGAGCGGACAGUGACGCCCUUCAUGUCCACCAUCAACAAGCCGCUCGGAGAGAUCCGCCUGAGGGACUUCAAAAACAUGUUCGACAGGCCAGGCCUCUUCCGCUUCCACUUCAAGAGUUAUGACCCAGAGUAUGGCAUGGUGAAGGAAGAGAUUGUGAGUGACGACGACAUUCUGCCGGGCGUGGAGGGCAAGAUCAUCGCAUGGGUGGAGGAGGACGUCGAGUGACCUGCAACACUGACAAUAUUGCAGAUGAAUCAUUGCAACAACACAGCGAAGACGGCACUCCCAGGCGGCGCAACGUGGAAGCACACACACACACACACACACACACACACACACACACACAAACACACACGUGCACAAACUUCUCGUACGCCUCAGGCUCUAGUCUGUUCGAUGUGAGUGCCUCAUCACCAGCUGAAGGAGACACGGAGGACCAGACACUCCAAGGCUCUCCGGUGAUGCUAGGGUGGCAACUCUUUAUAUUUUAUUUUAUUUUAUUCUUUCUUACUCCCACUAUCUCUCAGUGCUUGCCGCCCACUCAAGUAUUCAUCCCCCCCCACUACUGCCACACUCACUUCAGCCGUGACUCAAGGUCUUUUCCACGUAUAGAUGAAGAGCCUGACAGACGAGAUUCCUUGUCCUCAUGUGAUCAUGUAUGGACACAGAAGUCUAGUGUAAUUCACUCGUGUGCAAUUAUGAAAAGAUUUGUUCCUCCAGCGUCGUGGUGUCCGUGCGGGAAUGGCACCAGCAGCAGCAUCUGCGUCUCGUUGAUCUCCUACUUUCUGAAGGUCAUUGACUCUGGCCUGCCGGGGACGUGACGUGACCGCGCAUUUCAAACUGAGAAAAAAAAUAAGAAUCUGAAAGAGAUACGUGGCCCAGAACAGUGACUUUUGGAGAUAGGAAACGUAUAUAUAGUGAGUUUUGUGGAGUGGAAGAAGCAGGACUAGGCUAAAAAUAAUGUGGCUGUAAGGCAUAAUGUAUGUGACUGGCUCCCGUGUUCUGUUCCGUUAGGAUGAAGACUGUGGAUCUGAAGGAGACAGUGUGACUGUAGGUCGCAAUGAAUGUGGCUGACAACUGUGCUCCUCGAUACCGUAAGGAAUAAGCGUUGUAGAUCUGAAAGAAGUACCAACACUUCCCUCGCGUCUUCGAGUGUCAGUGAGCAUCGGCAGUUAUGGUGACCUGGCUGACUAUGGGUCGUAAUAUACGUAGCUGACUGCUAUACUCCCCGAUACCGUGAAGGUAGAUGUUGUAGAUCUGAAGGAAAAACCAACACCCCUGCGUCCUUCCAAUGUUAGGUUGUGAGGAGCCAACCAGAAGGAGCACCAAGACUUGCCUAGGAACGCUCUGCCUGACAUCUGGCCGUGGUGUGCUGCCAGACGCUCAUUACUGUGUACAUAAUAACAGUAUAGUUGCAUUUCCUCCAUGUUAUCCCUUGAUUCUUUGGUAAUCCUGAUAAUGAUGAUAAUAAACCUAAUUACCCGUAAGACACACACCUGACUUCCUCGUCGAAGCCAAAGAUCUAAGUUAAUUUUUUUUAUUAUGAAAUUUUAGUAAUAUAACUCAGCAGCUGGUCAUCCCAAAGACGACAAAAUCACACGUUAUGUACUCAAGAAUGUUUUGAAGAAGGGACGUGGGCCAUGUUGGUCUCUCGUCCCUCUGUAUUGUUAUUUGGUUGUAGAAAUUUAUCGUUACCGCAUCAGGUUGGUAAGUUGAUAUAUGGACUCGUAUCAGAAUUUUUUUUCAUAUAUAUAUAUAUAUA